CCACACACAGGAGGAUCAUGGGUAUCUCGGGUCUGCUUCAGUUCAUUAAAGAUGCCGCAGAGCCAGUGAAUGUGAAGAAAUACAGAGGACAGACUGUGGCUGUGGACACGUACUGUUGGCUCCACAAGGGUGCGUUCUCCUGUGCUGAGAAGCUGGCCAAAGGAGAACCCACUGACCAAUAUGUGUGGUACUGUAUGAAGUUUGUGGACAUGCUGCUAAACUUUGGAGUCAAACCCAUCCUGGUUUUUGAUGGACAAAAUCUGCCGUCAAAGAGAGAAGUGGAGAAGUCCCGUCGGGAGCGUCGUGAAUUAAACCUGCAGAAGGGAAAACAGCUGCUCAGAGAAGGAAAACUGUCUGAGGCCCGAGACUGUUUCAACCGCUGCGUCAACAUCACCCCAGCCAUGGCCCACAACCUCAUCAAGGCAGCACGUUCUCGUGGCGUGGACUGUGUGGUCGCUCCUUAUGAGGCGGACGCUCAGUUGGCGUUCCUCAGUAAAAGUGGUUUGGCUCAGGCCGUGAUCACAGAGGACUCGGACCUGCUUGCCUUCGGCUGCAAGAACGUGAUCCUUAAGAUGGACAAACAGGGGAAUGGUUUGGAGAUCGCUCAGAGUCAUUUGGGGAGAGUGAAGUCUUUGGGAAAUGUUUUCACGGAGGAGAAGUUCAGACACAUGUGCAUCCUGUCGGGCUGCGACUACCUCCCCUCGCUCCAUGGCAUCGGCCUCGGCAAAGCCUGCAAACUGCUGCGGCUGGCCAGGGACCCCGACAUACUCAAGGUGAUAAAGAAGAUGGGUCAGUACUUGAAGAUGGACCUGGUGGUUCCAGACUCCUACCUGGAAGGAUUCGUUCGGGCCAAUAACACGUUUCUGUAUCAGCUGGUGUUUGACCCGAGGAACAGACGAGUGGUGCCUCUGAACCCCUACCCUGAAAACAUCCAGCCACAAGAGCUCAGCUAUGCAGGACUACACAUUGGUGAUGAGAAAGGUCUGCAAAUGGCUUUGGGAAACCUGGAUCUCAACUCUCUAGCGAAGAUUGACAACUACAACCCCGACGCUCCACACGCACAGCCUACAAAACCUCGCAGUCGCAGUUGGAAAGACUCCCCGUCUCUCCCUUCCUCCAGCUCCAGUAUCUGGAGCAGAGGGUACUCCACAUCGCUCCCUACAUCCACCUCUGCUCCCAGCCCCUCCUGUCCUCCCUCUCCCUCUGCAGAGCCCAGAGCCUCCACUAGGGGGCAGCACAGGGUAGUGAGUGUGGCUCCUCUGAAGCUGCCCUGCAUCAAAAGGUCCAGAGAAGACUCUCCUCUGACCGACCAGGACAUGUUACUACAGUAUUCGUCCAAUGAUCAGAAGCGUCCCAGAUCUGAGCCUCCCUCCCUCCCCCCUCUCUCCUCCUCUUCCUCUUCUUCCUCUUCUUCCUCUUCUUCCUCUUCCACCUCUUCCACCAAACCUCAGGCUCCGCUCAAAACCAGAAACCGCUUUGCGACUUUACUGCAGAGACGAAACCAGGACUCAGAAGAGGAGGGGCUGGCCACAUGCAGCAGAGGACUUCAGCUGUUUCCACUGGUCUGGCUCGCACACAGAGCAGACUUCUUGUGGGCUCUCUGCACUCAAGAGGGUUCAGAUUUAAGAAGGAAAACGGCACAAAAACCUCACAGUCCAGUGAAACACAGAGCUGGAGAAGACCCAGAGGAGCUGUCAGACUCUCCUCUAUCUCAAGACAACGGAUACUUCUCCCAGUCUCAGCCCUCUGUCCCCUCUUCCUCCUGCUCCUCCUCCUCUCUCUGCUCUGACACACAGGGGCUUCUCUGCUCUAGGCUUAUUGAUUUGGACAAAGACAGUGAUGCAGACUUCAGUCUUACAGACAGAAAACCCAAUACUCCCACAUAUAAGACGGCAGGUGUAUCUCGUCCAAACCCAACUCAGACUCUUAAACCCAGAGCUCUGGGUCCGGCUCGGGUCAGCGGGCUCAAGAGGAAGUCCAGCUCCUCUAAACCCAGCUCUUCUAAGCCGCUGAACAAUGAGAACAGCCCCGUCCAGGCCACCAUCAGUGGACUGUGGAAGAACUUCGGAUUCACAAAAGAUUCUCCAAAGAUUUCCCACAAAGAGCCUCUGUCUCCAGUCAAAGACAACGUUGUAUCAUGACUGCACAGCGCCCCCUGUCUGUGAAACAUUUUAUUUCAUCAUACUGUGUAUGUGCUCAUCA